AUGUCGAUAGAUGGAAGCAGGAUGGUCCGAGCCUUGAUGAUCUGCCUGCUGGACAUGAGGAGUGUUUUGCUAAACUCCCCUAAAAAAGGAAGGCUGAUGUCAAGUCUUCGAGAGCUCAAGCCUGAUGAGUUUGGAGAUCGUGAUAUGCUCAGUAAAGUAGUCCGUGCACGAUCUAGCUCACUUGUUGAGAGGCAAAGAGAUGCGGAUGCUCCUUUUCGAAAUUCGAGUCUCAAGCAUGGAGUUGAUUCGACGUCGCAAAUUCCUUUGGAAGUGAGGUUGGCGGAGGCUAGGAAAGCAAGAGAGUCAUCUGCCUGGACAAAAGGUUCUUCUGUAACGUCAGCGACUGAUCCAAAGGUGGACAAAUCUAGCCCUGCAGGGGAUGCAGGCGUGUCUGAUCUGCUAAAGACGCAAUUUCUAUCAAGUCCAUCCUCUUGUGCUGAGCUGGUUGACCAAAUCCGUCAGGCUGGCGAUCUUGGUACUUUUUCAAGUCUUUCCUUGGAAAAGCAAAAGGAAGCGACACUUCAUCUGCUUAAAAAGGGAAUAGUUUUUGCUGCUGAGACCAUUCGGAACUCGUCUGUUGUUGCCCCAUCUUCUGUUCAGCUCAGCGAGUUGGAGAAGAAGAAUGCCGAGUUAGUUAGCAAACUUUCCGCCGAGCAGACCCGUUAUGAGAAGAAGACGUCUGAUUUGCGGGCGAUGAUAUCUGAGUUGAAGAGCUCCCUUGCUGAGAAGGAUUCCGAGCUUAACUCUUCUGCUGCUGACUUGGCAAGUCGAAAAGAUGCUUAUUUCCACAUUGAGUGCAAGAAUGCCGACAUCUCUCAUAGCUAUGACAAGCUUUUAGCUAGACUUCACGCCUACCAUGAGUCUGCUGAGGAAUCCAAGUCCGAAGUUGCCAUGGACGCGUACAAGUUGGGCUACCUGGACUGCACAAGAGGAUAUGAUCCCUUCUACGCCAUUGGAGAUGAAGACAUCGAGAUGCUCUAUCCAGACUUGCCCCCUGCGCAAAGUGAGAAGGCUAAUGCUGUGAACAUCGAAGGAGCUGAAGAGCAGGUGACUAAAGAGGCGGUAGCUGAGGAGGAUGGAGCAGAGGAGGAUGCAGCCGAUGAGGUGGUGGCAGACGUCAUAGAUCAGGCAUGUGGAGCUGCUGAAAGCGUGGCUGUUCAGGCGGACGCUGAAGAGGUUGUAGAUCAGGGAUCUCCUGCUGGCGCUUCGGAGUAG